AGGACCACAGCUUUCCUCCUCCAUCAGGCUUUCCAAAACAAAGACGACAUCAUCUCCUACCUCCAGGGAAGAAAAGGUUAUCCGCAUAGGGAGACCUCUGCCCAGCGGCUACUGGAAAACCACAUCCAGACCAUUACGAGCAUCGUUAAAAAGCUCAGCCAGGACAUUGAGGUUUUGGAGAGGCAAAUAAGAAUAAGGGAUGGUGCCACAGUAGAAACUAAUUUUGCUGUUCAAAGUCUGGACCAUAAAUACAUCCAGGGUCUUGGAGACCUGCGUGGAAGAGUGGCAAGAUGCGAGGCAAGCAUUGCGAAGCUCUCGGGAGACAUCAGUAUUAUCAGGCAUGAGGCCCAGAAGACUGAUAAAGAGAUUUAUGGCCUUCACUCUGCCCUCAAAAAUUGUGUAAGCGAUUUUGAGAAGAAG